GGGGGCGCAGCGGCUGAUAGCAAAGCCAAAUAUUUCACUGGGCUCUCUCGGUAGUUGUGUGAGCAUAUAGGAUCGCGGCCAGUACUACACAUGCUGCGGCUAACAGAACUGACGACACAAGAGGAUUUCAACCCAUAUUUCAAAGCUGUGGGUUUGGAUGGAACACCAGGCGUUGCACCAGUCGGUGACUCCUCACUUACAGAGGGUCCUGAAACGAUUUCAAAACGCCUCUGUUCGUAGUUUAAGCGGACCUAACGGUUUUCCGAUUGUGAAUGAUUUCUCCAAGAUGAGUGUUGCGGACUACAGGAAAGUGGUGGCGAGUGUCAAAAAGUGCACCCCGACUGAGAAGGGUAUGGAUUAUGAUCCGUUCCUAGCACCGCCACCGUUUCCGAUCCAACAGAUGCCUGUGUUCAGCCCCGUAGAUUCAUCGAGGAGCGAGAGAGGGGAUACUAUUCUCGAAGGGGAGACGAUUUCAUGUUUUUUAGUUGGGGGCGAAAAGAGGUUAUGCCUUCCCCAGAUCCUCAACACAGUGUUGCGAGAUUUUACCUUACAGCAAAUUAACGCAGUAUGCGACGAUUUACACAUUUUCUGUUCGCGAUGCAGUCCGGAGCAAUUGGACACACUCAAAGUUACAGGGAUCUUACCACUGAGCGCUCCUAGCUGUGGUCUUAUUACUAAAACCGAUGCGGAACGACUGACGAAUGCUUUGCUUCAUCGAAACCCUGAAAAAUAUCUCGAGCCACCAUCCCCAAACAGCUUCAAGGUAUAUCACGAAUGUUUUGGCAAAUGUAAGGGCAUUUUUCACCCCGAACUUUACACAAGCCCGGAUGCCAAAUGUAUUCAGUGCAUGGAUUGUCACGGGUUGUUCUGUCCUCCCAAAUUCGUGUGUCACUCGCACAAAGCUCUGGAAAACAGAACAUGUCACUGGGGCUUCGAUUCAACUAACUGGCGGUCAUAUUUGCUUUUAACUAAAGAUCAAGACUGCAGGGAAGAACUUCGUCUCAUGAAAGCCCGUUUUGACCCUGGAAAUAAGUACAAACGUAAACAGAGUCCAGAUCGAGAUGGGUGUGAGGGCAAGAGACUCAAGGGGGAGGGGUCAGUAUCACCCCCAGGCAGUAUCCCAGCUCUCCCGGAGCACCCAGCCAGCAUGCGGGGAAUGUCGGCGUUCCAACCCUGGUCCCCCACAGUGCUCAAUGCCAUCAAGGAGGGCAAGCUCCUACCCACACCACCAGCCAUUAUGAGAGAAGGGUUGCCCGGGAUCCUACCUUCCUAUCUACACACCGGUCCUCCGGUACUCCUGCACCCAGAGAGAGUGGUGCCAUACUCUGAGUCUGAGAGGUAUGAACGACACUUCACACCAAAUGUUGCUCUGGCUCCACCACCACAAGAAAAAGGAAAGUCAGAAAAUGGGGAAGUCUCCCCUACCCCCAAAAUAAUCGAAAUUACUGACUCCACCCAGUUGUCCCCCCCACGAAGUAGCAAGGAUUAUCGUGAAUAUGACCUUCCCACCGACACAGAUGAUUCCUCCAUAGGACAAUCUUCCCCAUCUGAUGGAGAAGAGGCUCACGCAGUGGAUGGUGUGCGUGCUGAGAGUUCACUGGAGGCAGAGAUGGUGAUGAUCAGACGGGCACUGGAUGGGAAAAUACCCAACACUAAAGAAGCUAAAGAUACCUUCCUGCACGAGUUUUCCAAGCUGCGCACAAGACAAGUGGAGCUCCUCAACACAUUAACGAUAGCCAAAAACUCUCUCCAACAGGAGGUGGCGGCAGUCAAGGGACGUAUGCGGGAUGGAGUUGAGAAGAGACGCAACCUGCAGAAAGAACUUGAACGGAUACGAAUUGAGUGUGAAUGUCGUCUUCAUGACCGAGAAGAAGAGAAAGAGAGGUUGAUGAAAGAGAUUGAUGUGUUGAAGUCCAGAGAUGAAUGUGAGGUUCAUGAGAAAUUUAUUCAGCUUAACCGUGACCUGGCUAAUCGUCUUAAGCACUUUGAGAGCGCUUACCAUGAUGCGGAACGAGAGAAUGCAGUUUUCCGAGAAGAACUCAAACGAAAGGGCAUAAACGUCUCCGAUCUGCUCCAGAGCAAACCGAAAUACACGCUGUGCAACGGAACCACCAGUAAAUCAGCCCCAAGAAUAGUGUCCCCAGAAAAACUUCCAGAAGGGAUUGCAAAACAGGACUUUGUGCCGUUCCGGCACCCGAAAUGUCUCCCUCCGAAGAAGGAGCGAGAACACGUUAUUGAUUGACUAGAGGAGAGGUCAGGGCGGAGACGCUGUGUACUUGCAUAAAACACAGGAUUCAGUGCGCCAUGUACGUUGAAUCUUGUGACUGUUUAUGCGGCGACGAUUCAGCACUGUAAGGUGUAAAUGUUGUCCAUAUUUGAAGGCUGUGAUUGUUAUUGUGGAACCUUUCAUCCCUUUGAACCAACUUGGACUGUGCCCCAAGCCAGGACUCUACCAUUAUGGUACAGAGGGAUGAUGGGAUGUGCUGAAAUUUAUGCUGAGUUGUUAGGGCCAAUAGCCCACCUAUUGUAGCAUCUGUCAUUGUGGCGUGUUCGGUAUUUAUACAGAGUUUUGUGUCAUGUUAACAUGCCCCUCGGAUGUUGACAUUGCGCUGGAUGGUGUAGGUUUAAAAAAAUGGCAAACCUUGUGUAAAUUUAUGGAUUUAGUUUUUAUUUUACGGGUCGCACGUUAUUACUUUUUUUUUUCAUUUUAAUUGUGUCUAUUUAUGGUGCUACAGCCUGAUUGUAAUGUUUUGAUCAAAACUUGUGGUCUUAGCUGUGCUAGGCUCACCCUUCCUGUUGAUAUUAAACUAGCAAGCUGCACUCAACUCGACGACACAACGGAGCAAUGGACCAGAGGAAGGUUGUCAACCAGGCUGGACUGCUGACCACGUAUCGAGGUUGCCGUGGCAACUAAGUCAUGGCGAUGUCGCCCAAAAAUGUCUCGUGUGCAUGUUAAGAAAAAGUAUCGUUUUCUACGUCACUGUUGGGCGUGGAUCGUCUUCCCAGUUUCGUCACUUAGACUAUGUAUGUUUGAGCUAUGAUGUUCACAAAGGCAACAAUAGUGCUAUUUUAUAUCUGUUCUGUCUUCUGUGGUUACUGUGGAAAAAGUCUUGUUCUAGUUAGUGAUAGGGGUUUUCUCACAUCAACACAGCACAACCUAAACCUUAUAGGAAGAACUACAAAACCUACAGAAGAAAUGCUUAUAGAUGAAUGAAACUUGUGUGUCAGUUAAAGUAAGCAUGAGUGAUGUUGCUGUUUCACUGUCAGCUGGACAGUGUUGCAGCUGUAUGAAGCUGUGUCAGCUGGACAGUGUUGCAGCUGUGUCAGCUGGACAGUUGCAGCUGUAUGAAGCUGUGUCAGCUUGACAGAGUUGCAGCUGUAUGAAGCUGUGUCAUCUGGACAGUGUUGCAGCUGUGUCAGCUGGACAGUUGCAGCUGUAUGAAGCUGGACAGUGUUGCAGCUGUAUGAAGCUGUGUCAGCUGGACAGUGUUGCAGCUGUAUGAAGCUGUGUCAGCUGGACAGUGUUGCAGCUGUGUGAAACAGCCUUUACCAGCUGUGUUGUGCUAUACAGCAUCUGAAUUGUUGCAUGAAACCGUGUCACAGCUGUCAGGCAAAAGUGCAACCAUUUCAAACAUUGUUGCAGCUGUAUCAAACAAUUUUGAAGCUGUAUCAGUGUUACAGCUGCACCUGCUAGUAAGUUUGAAGCUUUACAAAGUUGCAGUUGUCUUACAUAUUUGCAGCUGUGUUGACAAUGUCUAGGUUUCCAUGGUAAGCAUGAUGACGACGGCGUGUGCUGUGUUGGAGUAAGAUAGUCAGUAGGUUCUUUGUCCAUAUCUUUCUGUCGGAUGUCAUGACGAUGUGUUAUGAAUUAUGUAAUUAGUCCAAAGGCUGGAUAUUAACCGUGAUCAAAUUUCAAGAUGGCAGCCAGUCACUAUCUGAGACCAGUGACCCUCUAUGACUCGACAUAAUAUUUGUAUGUCACAUUUACUGUUAAAUCAGGAUUUUUUUCCAGGUGUUUUAGGACCUUAAUCCCAAUCUUACACAAUAUACAAGAGAAAAAGAUUUUAUUAAUCCUGGAAUAAACAGCCUAAUAUUUCGGGAUCAUAUAUGGGAGUAAAUCUAAAUCUUGAACAAUUUACAGAAAUCAUUAAGUGUUUGCAAGGGAAAAUUCUAUGAUCUCAGAAGAAAGAAUACUGUAAUGUCAUGCAACUGUGAAAUGCAUGUAUUUUAUCUUAUAAAUCUUCAGUGACGGCAGCAGAACUUUCAUCGACAAUUGAUUUUUAAAUCUAACUCCAUGAACAUAACCACAUACAACUCAUUUUCAAAUAUUGUGAAUAGCAGUUUUCUUAAGAAACCAAACUUUCUUAGCACGAGAUCUAUGACGGCUAAGUUGCUGUUAAUCUGUAGUGGGGCAUCGUUUUGAAGAUGAUUGAUUGCCAAGUACACAUAAUUUAAUGAUUACUGUGACAUUGAUGUCUAUUUCACUUGUAAAUAUCAUAGUUUGAAAUGGUGGCUAUGUUUAGAAGUGUUUGGGGCUUUUUGUCUGUGUUCCUUGAAUCCAUGUUCCGUAAUUGUUCAGGAUUUGGGGUGUGUCAAUCACCGCAACAACUCGGGCUGGCAUUGAGAAAACAUGGCUACCUGCUGAACACCCUUGAACGGAUGAUUUUGUUUUGGAUUAAUAUUUAUUGUAAUAUGACAUAAAUAUGAUACAUCUUCAAUUGGACUUUGUUACGAAGUAAAAUAAAAUGAUUGUACCUCCACACUUUUCGGGGUACUUGUACAGAAUCAGGUGAAAAACUGUUAGUUCAAUAACAGCCCUUGUUGAUAUCCUGUACAGAUCACUUAAAUUCAACAUAGCAGCUCCAGAUCUUCGGACUGGUGUGAAGUUAAUUGAACACAUCAAGAUUAAACCACAGUUUAUUUCAAAAUUUCAAAUAAUUUUACAAGCAUCAUCAAGUAGAACAUCAGUUUAACACAAAACACCAAAAGCCAAAUAUUAUUUGAUCCUUGCUAAGGUGUACUCCAAGUUAUAUUCUUGCUUUCGCAUGAGUACGUUACAUAAUUGGCUUUGGAGGCAGAGUGUGCAAUUUCUUUCUCUUUGUGAUAAAGUAAAACCGUUUUACCUCAAACUACAAAUGGUGGCAGUAUUAUCUUGCAUGGCUAGCUAAUAUGCCCAAAGACAAAAGAGGAAAUUAUUUUUUAUUAAUAUCCAUAAAUAAGGAUUUAAUAGUUUUAUUAUGCUUGUUGAAAGUUUCAGGUUCUGCUAAUUAGGUAGGCUAAGACUUCUAUGUUUCAUUGGAUGAUUGCCAUUUCUCCAACAAACUUGACCAAAGAAAUGCUUUGUUUGUGCUGACUGUGGUCUGUUCAAGUUAGGAGGGAAAUAGUUACAUAACUAAAAUACAGAUUGUAUGGUUAGUGCAAGUUUCCAGACUUUUUCAUAGUUGUGUUAUGUCUGUCUGCUUUCUCACAAUGCUCUGUUUUACAAUGUUUCUCUGUCUGGGCAUGUUCGUGUGUUCAAACAAUUGACACUUAAGUUGUGAUCAUGUUUCAAAAUAUUUGAAAUUUAAAUUGAUAAUCCUUUCUACAAUCUUUAAGCAUUUGUAAUUGUGUGGUUUUAUUUUUUUUAAUAGAAACAGCAUUACAAUAUGAGUAGACAGGUUUUAUAUUCAGAAUCAACGAAAGUGAAUGAAUUUCUUUAAUGAGUUCCUUUCCUGCAAUAUGAACUCUUCCAUUAACAAUAUAGGGCAUUUCGGAACUGAUCAGUUUAUCUUCUUGGGGGAAGUCUUUUUCAGUAUCUGAAAAAAUAUUUGUUGAUUGCUCCAUUUCUUUGGAAAAUAAUACAAUUGCCACAUGAAUGAAGGAAUUGUUAAUAUGUUUCCAAAAUGGAAAACUACAUUGAUAUCUCCAAAUCCCAGACCAUCCCCGACGAUGAUACACUGGUCAGUACCCAAACUUGAACACAUUUUGUUUCAACCAUAUCUUAUGGAUAGUACAAAAAGCAGCCUACCAAUACACCCUCUUUGAAAGAAGGCCACCCAAUCCUUUAAUGGGUUUUCAUGUCUUGAAAAGGAGACACCAUGGAAGAAAUUGUGUAUUUCUGUACUGAAAGGGAAUGAAGUGAAUUGAAGUGCUUCAUUGGUUAAAUGCUUUUGGUACUAUCCCUCGGAAUUACAUCCCCCCAGCUGCUUCACGGGUAUUCAUUCAUUGUUCACAGUUUCCGUUCAUUGUUGGCUAAAAACCAUUUCAAACCUUGUUGCCGUAAAAUGCACAGAUUACCAAUGUGGAUUUUAAGAUGACGGUUUGAAAAAGGGUUAUUUUUGGGUCAGUUAGCAUAUUUAUUUUAUUCUAUAAAAUAACUGUUUCCAAUGUUUUGACUUGGGUGAAAUAACCGACUGGAAAUCUUCAAUCACCUCAUUGUUCAAUCCCAAUGUAUAGCACACAGUUAAUGCAUUCAACCCUCAUACGUCAUUGUCGACAGCAGUGGCCAGAAUUUCAUGUCCAUCCUCUGAGCUGUAUAAUUGUCUCGUGUGAUUGUUCCUAUGAUGGUUUCAGCUGUACUUCCCUUCAUCGCACAAUAAUUGUUCUAGGUUGUGUGCUUCUAUUGUCGGAGAUCUAUCAUUGUUGUCAACAUCAUACCAGCUUUCCAAACACCAGUCCAAGUAAUUUUGUGAUGAAAUGAAAAUUUCUGACCAACUGUGACAAUUUUAGUUUAAAAAACCAUAAAUGUUCUUGUAAUUUGAGAAGGUAUGAUGUGACUAGAAUGAAACUAAUGAAUAUUCAUGUCAGUUUUGUAUGAAAAUGUAUAGCAUGCCCAUUAGCUGAGGUCAGGUCAGGUCAACGUGACUAAUUCACGAAUUAUAAACAUAAUUAUCUUUAACUGCCCCAAGUGUAAAUAUUUUAUUUUGAGAAAAUAUAUCUUAUGGGGUGACUAGGGGAAUUUUGGGACCCACCAAGAUAGACAACAGGAGAUGUUUUAGACAUAUUAUGGCGAAAUGUUGACAAUUGUAACAUAACAUGCUAUGCAGGCUGUAAAUAAGAAAAGCAUGCACUUUGCUUCUAAAGUAAUCUGUGUACAGUGCAUAUGUGUACCAUUGCUGAAUACUGUACAAGUGACAGUCACUUGUCAUCAGUUGCUUGUAAAACUGUACACACAAACUACUUGUAAACAGUGUACAUGUGAACAGUCACUAGAGAACGCGGGAUGAACCCUGUGACCCUUGUACAGUACUGUACAGACAUAGUCAAGCCAUGUUGUAUUAGUGUGCCAUAUGUUUCUUCAACUGCAGUCUGUGACCACCUUACUGUGGCCAUGAACUGCUGUCUGUGACCACCUUACUGUGGCCAUGAACUGCUGUCUGUGACCACCUAACUGUGGCCAUGAACUGCUGUCUGUGACCACCUAACUGUGGCCAUGAACUGCUGUCUGUGACCACCUAACUGUGGCCAUGAACUGCUGUCUGUGACCACCUUACUGUGGCCAUGAACUGCUGUCUGUGACCACCUUACUGUGGCCAUGAACGACUGUCUGUGGCCAUGAACUGCUGUCUGUGACCACCUUACUGUGGCCAUGAACUGCUGUCUGUGACCACCUUACUGUGGCCAUGAACUGCUGUCUGUGACCACCUUACUGUGGCCAUGAACUGCUGUCUGUGACCACCUUACAGUGGCCAUGAACUGCUGUCUGUGACCACCUUACUGUGGCCAUGAACUGCUGUCUGUGACCACCUUACUGUGGCCAUGAACUGCUGUCUGUGACCACCUUACUGUGGCCAUGAACUGCGGUCUGUGACCACCUUACUGUGGCCAUGAACUGCGGUCUGUGACCACCUUACUGUGGCCAUGAACUGCUGUCUGUGACCACCUUACUGUGGCCAUGAACUGCGGUCUGUGACCACCUUACUGUGGCCAUGAACUGCUGUCUGUGACCACCUUACUGUGGCCAUGAACUGCUGUCUGUGACCACCUUACUGUGGCCAUGAACUGCUGUCUGUGACCACCUUGCUGUGGCCAUGAACUGCAGUGAAUUGAACACCUCAAACGGUCCUGAGCAUCUUAUGUAUCUUUCUCUGUACAUUUGAAGGCUGUUGUUAUCAUGUUCACCGAUGUAUACUGUGAGGUAUAAUAGUGUAGUGUACAGGGUUAGUCAAACAGGCGUCUGUUCAUCCUGAACUCACAGCUAGGUUUGUGAUGAACAUGUGAGCUGUACCUUAUGGACAGUUGUCUUUUUCUGUGGCGUGUUCACAUUGUGUGAACAGACAAGGACAUAACAUGGAAACCUGUUCACUGUUCAUAGGCAGACACAAACAGCACUAGAAUGAACAUUCUUGUUGGGCAUUUCAAUGUAAGCACUUUGUUAUUGUCAAGUGACUGUCUUCAAUCUUUUAACAAACUUGAACACAAUGAACUGAAUGUGACUCUUUUAAUAUCAUUUAUGGUGAUCAGAUGGAUGGAAGGAAUGGCCGAUUGCCAUGCAAUGUUAUUUCUUAUCCUCUGCAGCCUAAUGCCUGGAAGUGUUCAGGAAGUGUUCAUAGAUUGAUGAACAGCUGACUGUCAUUCUGUCUGUGUCUAAUUUGAUUUUGUUGAACUAUUUCUUAAAUGUGAAUAUUGUUAAGAACUUUACUGAUCAUCGCUUCAUUUCCUCCAAGCUCUUGCAGGGAGAAUGAGAGAAGACUACAAUUGACGUUGACAUCAGUCUCUAUUUAUUUAUUCAAAAUAUUAAGUGAAAUGUUUUGUGCCACAUUAAUAUUUGUGAACUUUGUUUGAUAUUGUUAAUCUUGUGACGAGUAUCAUUGUAUUGUUUCUUUGUAAUGAGCCGGAAGAGGAAUUACAGCAAUGUACGUAUUGGUAUGCUUUAAAAGCAAGAAACAUGCUCUGCAGAGCAAUUUGGGAGAUAAAAUAUUUUAAUCUAAGGAGGAACAUUUUGGCUCUGAGAGUCCAAAACUAUGUAGUUAUGCAACAUUUUACAUUGAGAUAAUUUUGUUUCUUAGAGCUAGAGACGAACGAGGAAUGUCUCAAAUAUCAAAUCUUGCACAAAACAUCAGUGUCAGUGUUGUAGCAAGUUACUUCAUCAUGCAAUGUCAAGGUUAUCAAUCAAAGCCCCAAACAUCAAACUUUUUUUUCUCGAAGAUUUUAAUCAAGGUAUUUUGUGUCGCUGGUAUAGUUUGAAGCUGUCUUUACAACUGUUGAGAGCACAGUCAUAUGCCAAUAAGGUAUAUUGCAUAGGUCCUAGACCAGACCAACCACCCACUGCUGUAGCUCUUGCUGAAACUAAUUAAAAAUAUUCAAAUUGUAAGUUUUGGACAUAAGUAUCAUUAAUGAAAGUGGGAAAUGAAAUUAGAAAUUGUUGGUGAAAGUUUUUAGGAUAGGUUAUUAAUUGCCAAGUCUACAGCACUGGGGUAUUUAUGUACAUAAGAGUCCCUGAACAACAUGGCAGUUUGCUGGUACACAGGCUUGUGUAUAUAUGACAUCACUCGAGUGGUCCUACUGAUGGAGAGCCAUAUAAUGGCCAACCGGUGUCAAACAAUGGCUUAAGGAUACGUGCAAAACUAGGAUUUUGCUCAUCUGGGGGGUCAUCUCAAAAACAUCAUCAGCUGUAUUUGAACCCGAUGGUGAAGGUUGAGUCAUGUGUUCAAUGGUCAAGUUGGUAGUUUUUGAGAUCAUCCCCUGUUUUAUAAAAGUCAUAGAUUAGAAUGCUGAAAAACUACAUUAUGUUUACAACCUGUGAUUUGUCUUCUGGAGAUCGGUACAACAUAAACCCUGCAAUUCCUUCCCUGCUGAGCUAAGCGUGAGUUUUGUUCCUGGCUGCUUGUUGCUUUCAAACACCAGUUUAGUUACACGGAAUAAUGUUUUGUCAGUCUAUUAUUUGAGAAUUUCUUCUUGGCAAUAACUUAUUUCCAAAGAGUGACAUAAUUUAUUUGAAAGCAGUUUGAAUAAAAUUUCAAGCGGCGAUAUUCAGAGUGCCAUACUAGGGUCGAUUUAUGCAGACAUGUAAAAUCUCGUCGCCUUUAAGGUGCUCUUCAGCUAGCCUUACAAAAGAGCUUUUAAAAAAAGUCAAAGGUUAGCUUUCAAGUAUAUUACCGGAGACCACCCCUUACAUGCAUGUUUGCUCAAGAAUGCAAUUUUAAAAAGCUUGCUGUUGUUUCUUACCAUUUACCCCAAAAAUGUACAUUUAGGAGAUGAAAAAUAAAAUUUCUGUGAUAAGUGUCCCACUUCAGCCAACUACACCAUUUACUAGGCGUGUUUUGUUUUAAUCCAACCUUUGUUCUGAUCCUGAAAUGCAGAGUCACUACGAUAUUUGGUGAUGCAGAUUACAGAGAGAUGGUUUACGACAAUGUUGGGGAGAUUUAGCUGUGUAUUGCCAACCUUCCAUAUGUAGGCCUGUCUUGUGAGAUAUGCUUGUCAGAAGCACUGUUAUUUCAAGUAGGGUUACUCUCAAAACUGUUUCAGAUUCUACUUACUUGUUCCUUUGUGUCUGUACUUGCUUAAAGAUUAAAUAAGUGCUAUAUGAUAAAA